GACAAGGUGAAAAGCUCGCGCGCCUAUAUGCGUUGACACUGGGGGCAUGGCCUGGUUAGGGUCCCGCCAGACUGCGCCGCCAGACGCUGGCGCCAUGGAGGAGCCUUGCCCAUGGCGAAUUGUGGAUGACUGUGGUGGAGCCUUCACUAUGGGUGUCAUUUGGAGGUGGAGUCUUCCAGGCUAUCAAGGGCUUCCACAAUGCCCCUGUUGGAAUUCAACAUCGGUUAAGGAGUAGUAUCAACACUGUGAGGAUCCAUGCACCCCAGAUUGGAGGUAGCUUUGCAGUGUGGGGGUUCCUGUUCUCAACCGUGGACUAUGGCCUGGUGCAGCUGCGAGGCAGGGAGGAUCCCUGGAACUCCAUCACUAGUGGUGCAGUGACUGGGGCUGUGCUGGCUGCCCGCAGUGGACCAUUGGCAAUGGUGGGCUCAGCGAUGAUGGGGGGCAUUCUAUUAGCCCUCGUUGAGGGUGUUAGCAUCCUCCUCACUCGAUUUACCUCCCGACAGUUCCGCAAUGGUGAGUACCUAAUGACGAUUGUCAGGGAAAGAGGCAGAAAAUGCUCUACCUGUACUCCUCCAAUCGUCCUAACAUCAUUCUCCCUUCUCUAGUACCCCCAUUGCUAGAGGACCCCAGCCAGCUCUCCCCUAAGGAGGAUACCCCAGACACAGACUUUCCCAGCUGUCAGCAAUAUCAUUGAGGAAGCCGCCACCUGACACCACCACUAUGGGAGCUGCUCCUCGGUUCUCUCACCUCUAAGGGAGGGCUGACUUUCAGUUAGCCCUGGACUCUCCAGAGAGGGCCUUUAUUCUGCUCCCUUGUCCCAGGUUGGGGGUGGGGCAUCCCAGUGGCCUUGACAGACGGAUUCCCUUUUUCUCUCUCAGGGCACCCUAGUCCCACAUUCACAUGUAAUAAGUUCUCAUCCCAGCUUCUUCGUGUUGCACCAUGAUGAGUUUUUUAAAGCCAGUUUUGAAAUGCCUGUUUAUGCACUCCCAGGACCUCCCUCUCAGGACAAGGGCAGAGCCCUUUUCAUGACUCAGAAGCCCUAGGACUUAGAGUCCCACCAUGAAUGGGCUAUAAUAAACAUUUAUGGGAUGAAUGAGCAGGAAGGGAGAAGUGCAUGAAGAUAAGAAUUGGGUACAUGCAUAAGGGUGUGCAGGAGCCAAACAAUGAAUGAGCAGACAGGAACAUGUUUGAAAAGAAGUGCACGAACGAACACAGGGAUUGUUGGGGGUGCACAUGUUUGUGCAUGUUGUACCCCUGACACUGUACACAUACACAUACUGCUAUCCUGACCCCUCCUCCAUAAGCUCCCAUGGCCAAGGCUGGGAAAUUGACCUUACAGGAAGCCCUUUUUUUCUAGAUACCAGUCACCCCAUUUUCAAAAAUUAUCCCCAUCCAAUGUGGUCUCACUGUGGCCCUAGAAUGGAAGUUGGUGUCAGGGAGAUAUGGUUUCUUCAAAAAAAGGUCUCCUGUGUCAGUCUCCCGUUCUAUCACAGGGAUACUUUUCUACAGAGUAGAUCAUGCAGUGUUGUCAGUUGUUUGGAUCACUGUCUUAGCCCACCUUAGCCUCCAGAGUAGCUAGGAUUACAGGUGUGCCUCACCAUGAUUGGCUUAGUUGUUUGUUUGUUCAGGCCAACCAUAAAAGAACUAGAAAUUAAUUUUCAUUUCAGGAUAGGAAAUGAAUGGGGAAGAUAUUUUUUUGGAUGGACAUCACACCCACGUGAUGUCACUUAUAUGUAAAUCCUAUGUGGCUGAGGCAGACACUCUCCAUUGGGGUGCAAAUGCCACAGGGAGGCACAAAAGCUUCCUGAGAAAUCAAGGGUUUCCUUUACACAAACAGCUCCAGUACACAUGACCUCAUGGGAGACAAAACCUGUUCCUAUCUGCAAGCCAUUGCUACUUGAUGGAAAUGCCCUUUCCCUGGUACAGUAUUGGUUCAUAGGGAUGCAAAGGUGACUGAGCCACUAUGCCUCCUGCAUGAAUGAUAGUGCCAGGUAGUGCAUGACCACCCCACCAAGGGCCUGAGAAAAGCAGGGCAAGGUGGGGUUAGUGUGCACCAGGAACAUGGCUGGAGCCUUGGGGUAUGACCCCUAACCAUUGGUGCCACAGGCACUUAGAGCAGCAGUGCCUUCUGGACCCCUUCUGCACUCCUAGGCCUCAUCCCACUCAGGAUUAUUCCAGUGGCCUUUUUGGUCUAGUCUGCUGGUUACUUCCAGCCCUCACCUUGCUUACUACCUCUUCCAGGCCUUUCUUUUCCAUGAGUCCACCGGCCUUACUCCUUGCCCAUCUUUCCAUGCUGCCCUCUAAGGCAAAUGCAGAACCUACCACCUCUACACAAUCCUACACUAUCUCCCUGGUCCCCUUUAAAUGGGCCCUGGCCCUACAAACCCCUUACUAUCUGCAGGUUCCCCAUCCUCUGUAGCCUCUAAAUUCUACCUCAUCCAACUUUAAGGUCCCAUCCCUUAAGGCACUUCCAAAUGCUAUGGCACUCAGCCCUCCUCUCGUGCCUGGGAAUCCAUUCAAGUUCACCACUGGGGGGCAACUGGACCAAUGCAGUCUGGGCCCCUGUAGGUGGCUCGCCUGCUCACCAAGUAACAUUCAGGGCCCCUUCCUACAGUAGUUCCUCCAGCCUCUAGUUGGGAUAGGGUAGGCUGAUGCCAGAUUUAAAAUAUGAAGGAGAGGGGUUAGAAAGUGAGGCUUAGAAAAUAAAGAAUCUGCACCCUGGGUAAUUUGUACUGCUAAAGUUUUAAUAAACUUGAAAUGAGAAGGAGGGAAAGAAAGAGUUGUAGGGCAGCUUCAGAUUAUGGUGCAUGUGUCAGCUUCCUAAGAGAAAUAUAGGGUCAGAUUCAGGGAGGGACUGAGAUGGAGAGAAGGUAAAAGAGACAACAGAGUUGAGAGAUGAGAAGUAGAAACAAAGAGAUGCACAUAGGGAGAUACAGAGGUGGAGGCAGAAAGAGACAUGCAAGAGAUAAAUGAAAAAAAGAGGGAGAGAGCAGGGCAUGGUGACACAUGCCUUUAAUCCUAGCAGCUUGGGAGACUGAGGUAGGAGGAUCAUGAGUUCAAAACCAGCCUCCACAACUUAGCAAGGCCCUAAGCAACUCAGUGAGACCCUGUCUCUAAAUAAAAUACAAAAUAGGGCUGGGGGGGGGGGUGCUGGGGUCAUGGCUCAGUGGUAGUGUGCAUAUCUAGCAUGUGUGAGACACUGGGUUAGAUUUUCAGCACCACAUAAAUAAAUAAAUAAAUAAAAUAAAGGUCCAUCAACAACUAAAAAAUAUUAAAAAAAAAAAAAAAACAUAGGGCUGGGGAUGUGGCUCAGUGGUUGAAUGUCCCUGAGUUCAAUAUCUGGCACAAAAAAAAAGGAGAAAGAAUAAAGACAGAGGAGUAGAGGAGUAACAGGAAUCUCUGUAAGGGUCAGAAAUGCAGCAGGGAGGAGACAGUAUAUGCAGCGCCAAAUGCAGGAGAGCAAGCAAGGUGUGAGUGGUUCCCAUGGUGGCAGUAUGGAGGUACCUACUGUACUGAGAGUCUGGACCCACAGCGAAUGGUCAGGCCAGCCUGCCUCAGGCCUCUGGCCCUUUACCUUCUAACUGGGGUCCUUAAGGAAACACACAAGUGCUUCACCUGCAUUCUCUUUCUCAAAUACGCCCCUACUGUGCUGGGAAUGGAACCCAUAGGCCCUCUCAGGCUAAUUGCUGGCUCUACCACUAGGCUACACCCCCAGCCCUUCAUCUCUGAUUUAUUCCUAUUUACUAACAUCUACAUCCACCAAGGAUUUCAGUGGCCCUCCUUCAGGUUUUUCCAGUCUCUUCCACAUUUCCUCCCUGCCUCACUCCCAUCUUUGUCUCCAUCUAUCUUGAUUUGUCACUCAGCUCUUCUACCCCAUUCUUCUGCUUUGAUCUCCCUGGCUGAUGGUUCUCACACUCCCUAUAGCCCCUGGAAUUGCCAUCCACAUAUGUGCAUGGGGAAAAGGGAAAAUACUGGGUGGGCAAGGUGUUCUAAAGAGAUGGGCUUAAUCAAGGAAGAGGAAGAGGGUCUAAACCCUGACAGUAGGGUCACCCUAUCCACUUGAUCAAGAAGAGAUCCUGAGUCAUGUACAACUAAUUAGAAUAAAUUUAAAAAAUAAAAUAAAAAGGAAGUGAUCCUGAGAGGCUAGGGAGAAAGACAGACAUGGGAAAUUAAAGACAGGUAAUAGAGAGACACACAGGAAGAAUCAGAAGAAUAGGGAGAAAGAUACCAACAGAAAAAAAGGUGGGUGCAAUGGUGAACACCAUGGUAUGUGCCUGUAAUCCUAGAUACUGGGAAGGUAAGGGAGGAGGAUCUCUUGAACCCAGGAGUUCAAGGCCAGCCUGGGGAACAUAGGGGCACCAGAGGUUACAGAGAAAUCAAAGGAGAGACAGAUACAGAGUGAUACCCGGAGACAUAAGAAGUGGUACAACAAGCAAAAAAAGGAAAAAGAUUAAUAGAAAGGAGAUGGAGAUAGUUGAGACAAAAGUUGAAAACAAAAAUGAAAACAGAUGGGCAGAGAAAGUGUGACAAGAUGGAGAUGGUAAGAAAGAGUGCCAUGGGUUCAAUCUCCAAUAAAAAAAAAAAAAUAGGCUCAGGUCGUGGCUCAGUGGUAGAGCAUUUGCCUAGCACAUGUGAGGCAUUGGGUUGAUCCUCAGCAUCACAUAAAAAUAAAUGAAUAAGGGCUGGGGAUGUGGCUCAAGCGGUAGUGCGCUCGCCUGUCAUGCGUGCGGCCCGGGUUCGAUCCUCAGCACCACAUACAAACAAAGAUGUUGUGUCUGCCAAUAACUAACUAAAUAAAUAAAUAUAAAAAAAAAUAAAUGAAUAAAUAAAUGUAUUGCUUCUUUCUACCACCAAAAAAAAUUUUUAAGAAAAAGAACAUGUACCAAUGUUAACCAAAGAUAGAACAGAAUGCUUAUAUUAUAAACAGCUUUAUUCAUAAUCACCCCAAGCUGGAAACCAAUCAAAAGCACAUCCACCCCCAAGAGUGGAUGAUAAAGUGUGGCAUAUUCAUAUUGUUGGGGGAGGGUCUUCAUGGAUUGCUCAGGUUUAUGUGUAGUCCUGGCCUGAGCCAAGGGCAUGUUUGAACAGUAAAUUAAAGAAUAUAUAACUCCAGAAAGAUUGAGACAGUUCAGGGUAACCUAGAAAUGCUACCCUCACCUCCAACUAAGAGAUUGCUGACAUUCCAUGAUAAUGAGGAAUCUGAUGGAGAGGAGCUCAGGCAAGUAUGUCAAUAGCUUCUGAACAUCUUCAAGUCUCCUCAUUUUAGGUUCUUCUCCCAUGCUGCCAUCAGGCACCCAGAGGAAACAUCCAGCCCUGUACAAAUUGGGGCAUGAAAUAUCAACGCACAAUGUUAGUUCCUCUGGUUGCUGGUUUGGGGUAUAAUAAGUAAUAAAUGGUCUGUUUUUCUGAUCACGGGUUUUGUGUUUUUAUUUUUGUUUUUAU